CAUCGCUCAUAUGGAAAAGUAUAUUCCUCCAAAUCAGUAGCAAGAUACCCAUCAUCAGUGGGCCACGACUUAGUAGCCGUGACAGACAAAGAGAACUAUGUGUUGACGGAGGAGGAGAAGGAGAUCAUCAUACAUCUCAAGGAGUGGUGGGCUAAACAUUGCUCUGAGUUCACUCCACAAGGUGAAGUACAUUGUACAGUGAAAAGAACAAGGAAUGUUGCAGAAGAAAGUGCCCAGACAUGCAAACUCCCCAAUACACCAAAGACGAGA